AUGGCUCAACUCAAUCUCAGAAAGGUAAUACUGUUCUCUGGUGUGUUAUUCCUUUCUGUUUCUAUUUGCUUCAGUGCUUUUUUGGAACUUCAACAUCAAACCACACACUUGUCUAGUACAAGAAGACUGUUGGGUGCAGAAAAAGAAGAGCAUGAGAAGCCUUUGAAAAAGAAAACCACCACCCAAUCCACCAAAAAUCAGACCAAGCUUAUCAAAUCCACAGCUCCCUCUUCAAAGAACCAAACAAAAACCCUCAAAUCCGACAACAUUUCCUCCAAAAUCCAAACCAAAACCCUCAAAUCCAAUAUCCUUUCCUCCAAAAACCAAACCAAAACCACCAAGGCCAGCAACAUUUCUACCAAAAACCAAACCAAGUCACUCAAGGUUAGCUCCACCAAUUCAACUUCCAAAACCAAACCCACCACCGACACUGCCCUCAAGAAACUCAAUAACUCCACCUCCACAAAGAUCAAGAAGCUCAACGUCACUUCAAAAUCCCCAACAUCAAAACCCAGCACCGUUUCCAUUUCAAAAGCAUUGGAUCUCGCGAAAGCAAGUGACAAAACGACAAAAGCCACCGCCACAAAAGACAACAACAAGAAGCAACAAGCUAAAACAACAAACGCAGAUCAAACUCACGAGGCAACAAACAAGAAACAAAAUACUCCACUGCAACAAACUCCACUGCAACAAACCAAGAAGAAAUCAACGAAACAAGCAGCACCGAGUUGGAUUCUGGACGAGGAAGAAGAGGAAGAUAAUUUGGUUUCAGCGUUCACAGAUCUACCGAACAAGUUCCACCAAACACUCCUCCCCGACCUCGAACGAAUCUCAACCACUUCCAAAGCCUACAUCACGAAAGCCAAUAAUGAAAUGACGAAAGGCUUCAAACCCUACGUUGGAAAAAAAUAUGCAGCCACCGUCUCCACUGUUAUCUCAUGCUUUUUCAUUUUGAUCCCUUUGCUCUUAGUUUCGCUCCUCUGCACAAGAAUCAAACCCUAUUUCUCCCUCCAGAAAAUCUUGAUCUUCAUCCAAGUGUACCUCUCUAUCUACUUCACCCUUCUCUGCGUUACAUCGUUGUUCACUGGUCUCGAGCCACUCAAGUUUCUAUACACCACUUCGCGGUCCACGUAUCUGUGCCUGCAGGUGCUGCAAACUCUCGCUUACGUCUUCUAUCUGCUGCUCCUCCUCAUGUACCUCGUGCUUGUGUUCUCGACGGAGUGUGGGCUGGGCUCGAAGUUCUUGGGCCUCGCCCAGAUCUUUCUGGGCUAUGCCGUUGGGCUGCAUUACUACGUGACGGUGUUCCACAGGGUGGUGUUGCAGCAACCGCCCAAGACCAAUUGGAAGAUCCACGGGAUUUACGCCACGUGUUUUCUCCUCGUUUGCGUGCUUGCCACAGCUGAUAGAAGGAAAAAGACUUACGUGGAAGACGGUGGAGGAGAAGGCAAGAAAAAUUAA